AUGGAUAGGUACAAGCUGUGGUAUUCAAGUAAUGAGAGACGUAGGAAUGGAGUAGGUAUCUUAGUGGAUGAAAAGCUUAGGAGGAAGGUAGUGGAGGUUAAUAGGGUUAACGAUAGGGUGAUGACUAUUAAGUUGGUCAUUGGGGGUUUUACGGUGCACGUCUGUAGUUCUUACACGACACAGGUGGGCCUGGGUGAGGAGGAUAAGAGGAGUUUUUGGGAGGUCUUGGACGAGGUGAUUCUAGGUGUGCCUAGUUCGAAAAAGCUUUUCUUAGGAGGGGACUUCAAUGGGCAUAUAGGGCAUUUGUCGAUAGGAUACGAUGAUAUGCAUGGUGGCUUUGGUUUUAGGGAUAGAAAUGAUGAGGGUACUUCUCUAUUGGAUUUUGCUAGGGCCUUUGGAUUGGUGGUAGUGAAUUCUAGCUUUUCGAAGAAAGAUGAGCAUCUGGACUGUAAGGUUUUUUCGAAUGAGAAUCUUGCGACCCAACAUAGACUUCUGGCGAUGGAUUUGGUUAUUAAGAUGGGCAAGAAGAGGAGGGGUGGGGAGGGUCGACCUAGAGUUAAGUGGGGUGGCCUGACUCCAGUCAAUGCUUUAGAGAUAGAGGCAAAGUUGGAAGGGAUAGGGGCGUGGGAGUGUCGGGGGGACGUGGAUAGUAUGUGGGAUAGGGCGGCGGGUUGCAUUAAAGAGACUUCUAGAGAGGUUUUGGGUGUCUCUAGGGGAUGGUCUGGCCGAUAUUGGGGGGACUGGUGGUAG